AUGACGACCGUUGAAUUCGGUGGUGGACCAACACUUGCAGCUCGUAAACGUUUUGCUAAUCUUAAAGACGGCUCACAAAUUCCAAAAUAUACUGGACAUAUCCAUCAAAUACGGUUUCGUCAAGGUCAUACAUACGGUGAACAAACACAUAUCUUAUCACAAGAACCUACAAGCCCAUUAAAACCAACACAACCGGAAGAAGUUCAAUAUGAUCUUUCUAAUCCAUAUGAAACACGAGAAUUUCCAGAUGGAUUAAUUCCAGGUUAUGCAGGCUAUGUUCCUCAACGAAAAUAUCAACAUAGUAAUCGAUAUCGUGUUGAAACUGAUGCGUGUUUAUCACAAACGAAAAAUGCAUAUGAACAAGGCCGACAAAAUGUACGAGAAUUAAAGAGUGCCAUUGCUGGUUAUCCAAAAACACAAAGUACAAAUAGUGAUACGACUGUUAAACAUUUUCUUGAUUAUCAUCGAGCUUAUCAUCCACUUCAGAAUGCUCAAAAAGAUGAUCGUCGUCCAUUUGUUGAACCACCUAUACCCGGUUAUACAGGUUACAUUCCUCGUAUUAUUCCAAUUGGAGCCGGUCUUGGUUUACGUUAUCAUGAAGCAACAAAUAAAGCUUUAAAUCGUUUUGCAUUUGAAACAACACAUUCUAUGACAAAUCUUCCUACAUCCAUCGAUAAUCAACCACCACCAUCGAUUAAUACUAAUCCAGAAAAUUUGAUGAAAUCACGUCCAGCAACAGGUGGUCCAUCUUAUCGAAUCUAUUCUAAUAUUGGUAUGGUUCCGAAAUAUACUGGUUAUCUACCUCAACGUAAAUAUCGCGUUGGACAAACUUUUGGUGAUACAACACGUGAAUUACCUGUAUGUUCUCAUUCAUAUUCUAAUUAUGGUGAAUUAUUACGCUCAAAAACAUUUAUUUGA